AUGAAUUCUAAUCUUCGUGCUCAGUAUCCCGAUGCUCCUCUGCGGACAUCCAUGCAGGCGCUGCAUAAACCCUUAGAAGACCUCACUUACAGUGCUGUGGGUCGAUGGUGUUUGGCGCGCCAUCUCAAUUUCCCAUCUAUCGUCAGGACUCAGGCAAAAUUACGUCCUUCCAUUGAGACUAGGCUUGGUCUCAUGGAAAUUGGAUGGUUCGCUGCAGGCUGCCAUCGCGACCAGAGGCACAGUGUAAGCCGAGCGACAUUUCACUCGGCCUUUGAUACCAUGCGCGGGGAAACAGAAACCAAAGGCAAUCCUCCCACAGAAUUUAACCAUUGCCGUUCAGCUCAUAUAGACGGCCUCAUGGACGUCGCGACAUUACUAGACCGGGCUUUUGGCGGCUGUACAAUGGUGAUACAUUCUACAGGGACAUUGGAGCCGGGACAAGAAAUUGUUCCAGAGCAUUUGAAAACAUUGGUCUACUUUACUCCCCAUAUGCUCGUGGAAUACCCCGAACUUGAUGCUGUGGUUGCAAAAGUUAACCAGAUUUUUAUUGAAGAGGUUGCGGUACGCGGCGCAGAGCGCUGGAAGGCAGCAGCGGCUGCUCGAGGCUGGUCCAUGACUGGUCGUCCAACCCGAGUUAUCCCCCCUCCAGACCCUCGAUCCCCCUUGCUGCCACCUGCGGAAAAGGAUUCUUGUGUCUUCACUAUACGCGGUUGUGCCGUUGGAUCCCUUGAGGAACCUUUGGAGCGUAUUCGGCAGCGUUUCAAUGCGUACAAGAACACCCGACACCCUGUAUUGUCUACUCCGUCCCGCUCUUCGGCUACUCCAUCCGCAUGUCCUGCUUCACCCACCCGACAACUUGUAUCGUCUACUCCGUCCCGCUCUUCUGCUACUCCACCCGCACGUCCGACUUCGCCCACCCCUACCUCCUCUACCCCUCUUGCUUCUCCCCAUCCAACUACCUCGCAUCAGGAUACUUCUUUCGAAAUCUUCCUUGAAGACAGUGACGAGGAAGACAAUGACCUUUUGGAGCUGUACUCAGACCUCAUUCGGAGCUUGCAAGAAGAGGUAGAAGGACUCCAGGAAGUGAUUACUACUUUACGGGAGGAGGAAAUGGCCUCAAGGGAGGAAAUGGCCUUGCAGCACUCCAGGGAGCUUUCCCAGAUGCAUGAGGAGCUGAGGAGGAAGGACGAUGAGAUCCGCAAACUUUCCCGGGCGCUGUCGUUGAAGUCCAAAGUGUCAGCCGAGGGUUCUGCCCUGAACGUUCCAAAGAUGCCAGAAUACAAGGUGAAGACCUCCACACCCAUCAAGACAACCAACUCUUUACAUUCCUUGGACUCUGAAUCAGACUUAUCCACCUCUUUGGGUUCUGUGUCUGCAAAUUCGGCAUUGUCACUCCCUAAACAAUUGACCAAUCGAUCAUCACCUGCACCUCGCCUACCACUGGCUUCACCUUUCAGGCUCCCGCAUAUUGCCCUCCCCCAGCGACCCGAAACCGGCUACCGCAGUUCAGAUUAUGUGGGGAUAGGACCUGCUACUUGCAGGUUUGCUCGUCAGUAUGACCUAGGCAUCCACUGGGCUGAUAAAUUUCGACGUCUCUCACAACAAGAUGCGAGCACCUGGUAUAGGAUACUGGCGGAGGAGCUCUCAGUUGAGCUUGCAGCUGAGGCCUUACUGGUGUUGCGAGACGAUCUUAUGAACUGUCCCGCCGAAGGACAAUGA